AUGGCUGGCUCCGACUCUCGCAAGGCCGUCAUGUCGGCUGAGGACCGACAAGCUAAGAUGCGCUUGGCCGAAGCCCAAAAAACCUACGGCCGUGGCAAAGCUCCCUCCAUGAAGAACAUUCGCGACAAGAAGCUCCGCACCACCCUGAAGGCGCAGGAAGAAAAGCACAAAAAUGCCAUGCUCCAAGCCAAGGACGCCGAAAUUCUGCUGGAACACGAGGCCGGAUUCCUGGAGCCCGAGGGUGAAUUGGAGAAAACCUACAAGGUUCGACAGGAUGAGAUCAAGGACAGCGUUGGAAUGGAGACAGCGAAGAAAGGCUUCGAGCUACGACUGAACGAUUUCGGACCCUACCGUACGGACUAUACUCGAAACGGACGCAAUCUCUUGUUGGCAGGACGAAAGGGCCAUGUUGCGACAAUGGACUGGCGUGAUGGCAAACUCGGCUGCGAGCUGCAAUUGAAUGAAACCGUCCGCGAUGCGCGCUGGCUUCACAACAACCAGUUCUUUGCUGUUGCGCAGAAGAAAUACGUCUACAUCUAUGACCACAAUGGUGUCGAGAUCCACUGUUUGAACAAGCAUCUGGAACCGCUCUUCCUCGAGUUCCUCCCGUACCACUUUCUUCUUGCCAGUGUUGGUAUCAGUGGUUAUCUCAAAUACACCGACACCUCGACCGGUCAAACAGUUGCCGAAUUACCCACACGCCUAGGACGCCCUACCUCCCUCACCCAAAACCCUCACAACGCCAUCCUCCACACCGGACACCAAAACGGAACUGUGACAUUAUGGUCACCAAACUCGCAGACUGCGCUCGUUAAGGCACAGGUCCACCGUGGACCCGUGCGAUCUCUCGCAAUUGACCGUCAGGGUCGCUAUAUGGUGUCCACCGGCCAGGACCAAAGAAUGAAUAUCUGGGAUAUCCGUAUGUUCCGAGAGGUGCACUCAUACUCCUGCUACCAGCCCGGAGCAUCCGUCGCUAUCAGUGACCGCGGUUUGACGGCCGUGGGCUGGGGCACUCAGGUCAGUGUGUGGCGGGGCCUGUUCGACGCCGCCGUCGCCGACCAAGGCAAGGUUAACAGCCCAUACAUGGCGUGGGGUGGCGAUGGCCAACGCAUCGAGAACAUGCGCUGGUGCCCGUACGAAGAUGUACUAGGCGUCGCGCACGACCAAGGAUUCGCAAGUCUUCUCGUCCCCGGCGCCGGUGAGCCUAACUUCGACUCGCUGGAAGCCAACCCGUACGAGAACACGAAGCAGCGCCAGGAGGCUGAGGUGCACUCGCUGCUCACCAAGCUCCAGCCGGAUAUGAUUUCGCUCGACCCCAGCAUCAUUGGUAGGCUGGACACUAUCAGCGACAAGAAGGUGCAGGAGACUCGCAAUCUGGACCACCGGCCCGAGGACCACAUGGAGAAGCUUAAGAACCGCGGUCGUGGUCGCAACAGCGCUCUUCGCAAGUAUCUCCGUAAGAAGGGUCGGGGUAAUGUCAUCGAUGACAAGAGACUCAAGGCCGAGGCCCUGCGUGAGGAACACCGUUCGCGCCAUAAGGAGAAGCUCCGGAAAGAGCGCGAAGAACUGGGACCUGCUCUGGGCCGAUUCGCCGUGAAGAAGGAUUCUUGA